UUGACCUUCUGAAGAUAAUAUAUAUAUAUAGUUGCCUACGUUAACACAGUUCUCCUGGCAGCAAACAUGAAGGUCUUAGUUUUGAUCUGGUAUUUUGUCUUCCUACUGACCCUGGCCACAACAGCAGAAGAAGAGGAGGUAUUGGAUUCUGUACUGAGAGACAGAUCUCACAUUGAUGAGACAUUAAGAUUGGCAGCAGAGGACAAUGCAGGAAACUAUGCAGCUGCUUUGCAGAAACUGAGAAUGAUCUACCACAAUUCUAUAAGGCCUAUGGAGCAUGCCUACAAAUACAAUGAGCUCAGACAACAUGAAAUCUCAGCUUAUCCAGGACGUACCCUGGGAGAUUCAGCGACAGAUGGAGAGAUCACCUCCAAACCCAUGGUUCUGUUUCUUGGCCCCUGGAGUGUAGGGAAAUCCUCUAUGAUUAAUUACUUGCUGGGGCUUCAAGACACCCCUUAUCAGUUAUACACAGGAGCUGAGCCCACUACCUCUGAGUUCACCGUGAUCAUGCAUGGUGAAAAAGUUCGCUCUGUAGAGGGCAUUGUGAUGGCUGCUGACAGCUCUCGUUCCUUCUCUCCCCUGGAGAAAUUUGGGCAGAAUUUUUUGGAGAAGCUAAUUGGCAUUGAGAUGCCCCACAAGCUCCUGGAGCGUGUUACAUUUGUGGAUACACCAGGAAUAAUUGAGAAUCGCAAACAGCAAGAGAGAGGGUAUCCCUUUAAUGAUGUGUGCCAGUGGUUCAUUGACCGAGCUGACCUCAUCUUUGUGGUAUUUGACCCCACCAAGUUGGAUGUUGGCCUUGAGCUAGAGAUGCUCUUCAAGCAACUGAAAGGUCGAGAGUCACAGAUACGCAUCAUCCUUAACAAGGCUGACAGCCUGGCUACUCAAGAUCUCAUGCGUGUGUAUGGUGCUUUGUUUUGGAGCCUUGCACCCCUUAUCAAUGUAACUGAGCCCCCACGUGUGUACGUCAGCUCCUUCUGGCCCUAUGACUAUGCUCCCAACACCAGCCAUGAACUCUUCAAACGUGAGGAAAUUUCUCUCUUGGAAGACUUAAACCAGGUAAUUGAAAAUCGCUUAGAGAAUAAGAUUGCUUUCAUUCGGCAACAUGGAAUUCGUGUACGAAUCCAUGCCCUGCUGGUGGAUCGCUAUGUCCAAACAUUUAAAGAGAAGAUGAGUUUCUUUAGUGAUCCUGAAUUAGUGUUUAAGGAAAUAGUUGAUGACCCAGAUAAAUUCUAUAUUUUCAAGUCUAUCCUGGCCAAGACUAACGUCAGCAAGUUUGACUUGCCAAACCGUGAUGCAUACCGUGACUUUUUCGGCAUCAAUCCAAUAAAUGGUUUCAAGCAGCUUUCUGCCCAGUGUUCUUAUAUAGGUGGCUGCCUGCUGGAUAAAAUUGAAAAGGCCAUUACCACUGAUUUGCCAGGACUCCUGAGCAGCAUUCACUCUAAUAAGAACCCUAGCCUGUCCUCAUGUGAGGCCACUGGCUGUGGAGAAAAGCCCAAGAAUCGCUACAGGCGAAAUUAAAAGAAAAAAAGAGCUCUUAAGAAAAAACAGGCAAUAUUGGUAGCAUAGAAUCAUUGGAAACAAGUGUGAUUACUGCAACAUAAUUUUUCAGAAUUUGAACAGCAUGCCAUAAGAUCAUAAUUUUUAAGCCUUUUUUUUACUGAAAAAUGAGAGAUGAUGAUAUUUUGAUUAAAAACUAAUCACUGACUAAUCAUUUGGGUGCUACAUUAACCGUUAUCAGUAUAAAAAGGAAAGUAUGUAAUCCUGAGAGGUGGGGGAAUUGUAGCUGAUAUAAAAACAAUGUAAAAGACUGCUACAUUCAAUAGAAGCUGCAUUGUUGAUGAGAUAAAAAAAAAAUCACACUGGCAUUCAAUGUUUUUGGCAGGCUUGUAUGAAAUCUAGAAGGUUGUCGUUUUGUAAACAAAGUGUCUAUAAAGAAAAUGAGUGUAUCAGCUCAUGGUAACAACAUUCUUUUUUCAUAGAUGUUGAUUUUAUUUGUAGACUUGUGAUGGACUUUUAUCUUUCUUGUCAUGUUCUAUUUAGUGAAAAUCACUGUGCUGCAUGUUUAGAAGAAUUUAAAGGGGCACAUUUUACAUAUUCGUACAUUUUUACUUUAACUCUUUCCUAAGAUUUUAAUUGUAUUUCUGCUUUUAAUUCUAUUUCCACAUCAACAGAAUGUAUCUUCUGAAAUGAUCACUUGAAAAUUGUUAGUAGGCUUUUUGGUUUUCAAUGCAUUUUAGUCAUUUCCUUUGAGAACCAACUUUCUUAAAAAUAUAACUGUCUUUAGAUUAUUAUUUGCCCAGGUGUUUUAAUGUGUAAUUUAUGCUUAUAAAUAAAUAAAUAAAAACUGCAGCACCAUGUACAUUUACA